UAAAGUGUACUACGCUGAGCUAAGGUCGAUGAGAAAGCGAGUCUAUCUUCACUGUCAUACAACUUGAGAAAUACAUAUAGGGGAACUUCGUUUCUAACAUGGCCAACCCUUUAAGAGGUGAGGUUAUCAAGCUCUACAAAAAUCUGCUGUACCUGGGACGGGAGUACCCGCAGGGAGCCGCGUACUUCCGAGGCCGCCUCAAGUCCGCCUUCAUGAAGAACAGAGACGUGACGGACCCGGAGAAAGUCAAGCAGCUGCUGGCCAGAGGAGACUUCGUCAUCAAGGAGCUGGAGGCGCUCUACUUCUUACGAAAAUAUAGGGCCAUGAAGAAGAGGUAUUAUGAGCCCGAAAAGUAAAAACACACACAGACACAAGGAAAACAGUGGAGCGAAGUGUUAUCAUCAACGUGGAAAUAAUAUUUGAUUCAUCAAAUGAGACUUUCAUGUGGAUCUAUUCACCCUGUUACCAACUACAGAAAACCUAACUUUUUUCAAAUACGGUUUGCUUCCUGCCAUCAUUUCCUCCCCCAAAAAAGAGCCAUAAGACCUGCUUUGAAUCUUUGGUUCAAAGAUUUUUAUUCAAGUGCCAAUAAACCUUUUGUCAGGUAAUUUAUUUAGUCUAUUUUGUUAUGCUCAGAUGGUGAUUGUUAGGAUAUGUACAGCUGCCUGGUCAGUAUUAUACUGGAAGGUGAUGUUGAAACUGACUGAAUGAUGUCCAGUAAAACAUGUAUUUCAGUGUAUAUAUUUGUAAAUACAUGGUCAAAUAACUUGAAAGGCAACUGUACAUGACUGUGUUUCAAUGUACUACUGGACAAAAAUAAAUACGGUAUGUACAUGUUUUAAUAAUGAA